CAGCCUCGGGCCCAGCUCCCUGCAAUGCCCCCUACUGGGAGCUCCCCACCUCCCCCCCAGCCAGCCUCAGGCCCCGUUCCCCACAGUGCCCCCUGCUGGCACAGGCUGGGGUGGGAAAAGCCAGGAGCCACCCCACAGCCAGCAGUCCUGAUUUGCUCCCUACAGUGCUCCCAGUGUCUGGGCCUGAAGUAGCCGGGAGCUCCCCCCACAGCCAGUGCUCCUGCCCCGCUCCCCACUGCGCCCCCUGCUGCCAGGGGCUGGGGCUGGAGGAGCCGGGAGCCCGGCCCUGACGUCCCACGUCCCGUUGGCUGCAGGUGGUGUGCGGCGUGGUGGCCGGGCUCCUGCACUAUUUCUUCCUGGCCGCCUUCUGCUGGAUGUGCCUGGAGGGCGCCGAGCUCUACCUGCUGGUGGUUCAGGUCUUCACCCCCCACGGCCUCAGACGCCCCUACAUGAUCCUGCUGGGCUACGGCGUGCCGGCCCUCAUCGUGGGCGUCUCGGCCGCCACCUACAGGGAGGGAUACGGCACGGCGCGCCACUGCUGGCUCUCGCUGGAGAAGAAAUUCAUCUGGAGCUUCCUGGCGCCCGUCUGCAGCAUCAUCGCAGUCAACGCCGUGAUCUUCGUGGUCACCGUCUGGAAGCUGUCGCUGAAAUUCGCUGACAUCAACCCUAACAUGAGCCAGCUGAAGAAGCUCAGGUAGCGGGCGCGGCCCCCGGGGCAGCAGAGACCCUGGCACUGCCCUGCUGCCCCCCGUCGGGGGAGGGGGAGCGGGGGGGGGGCAUAUGAUAACGUGAUGUCAUCCCCCCAUGUGUGGGGGAAGGGGGCGACCGGGGAGAGGGGCCCACAUAUGAGUGACAUUUUCCCGCACCCACUACUGGCUGGGGGGCAGAGUCUGGGGAGGUGGGGCUGUGUGCAGGAGAUGUCA